AGAACUUACAAGAAAAACCCACAGGAGCUGAAAUGAAGGAGCUUUAUUAAGGUAAACGCGUUUCGAGGGGUGGAUGGAAGAGCUGCAGAGAAGUCUUGAAAACUAAACAUCUUUCUCAGAACUGGAGGCUUUGUUUGGAUCCUUGGUGGGACGGCCUGGACCAUGAAGAGCUGUGAGGAUGGUACCAAGCUGCGCCACUGGCUGACUCUGGCCUCAGGGAUGCUGGAGUGUCUGUGCUUCGCCGGCGUGGUGUUUGGUUAUGCCUCUCUGGUGUUUGUGCUGAAGGAUGAUGGGUACUUCAGCGAGCUGUGCGUCAGCAACGUCUCUCUGACUCAGGCCGGUGAGCAAACGUCUUCAGACUGUCGGGAUCAGGACGAGCAGUUCUCUCUGGUUUUCACCAUCGCCUCGUUCCUGAACAACUUCCUGAAUCUGGUCAACGGCUUCCUGUUUGAUCGGUUUGGCACUUUGGUGACCCGGCUGCUGGGAAUAUCUUUAUACACGACAGGAACUCUUCUUGUGGCCUUCUCCAGUGCAGAUGUUUCCCAGAUGCUUUUUCCUGCUCUGUCCUGCAUCGCAGUGGGAGGAAUUCUGCUCCUUCUCACCAACAUGCAGGUGGGAAACCUGUUUGCUGCUCAUCGCUCUACCAUCAUCACCCUCUACAACGGCGCCUUCGACUCCUCUUCAGCAGUCUUCCUCAUCAUCAAGGUUCUGUAUGAACGGGGAGUCUCGCUCCGGUCCUCCUUCCUCGUCAUGUCCCUCUGCAGCACCGUCCACGUGGCGAGGACUCUCCUGCUCAUGCCGAGGACCCACAUCCCCUACCCUCUUCCGCAGAGCUACACGUACGGGGUGAAUUGUGGGAAGGACAACUCUUAUAACGUGGAGCAGGUUGAGCGGAAGAGGGAGACGUCGAGGACCCCGGAUCAGAAUUUAAAACAAGAGGAAACGUUGAGUUAUCUUUUCACAUGUGAAAUUGUUUUUAUGUGUUCAGAGGUGAGUUUCCGGAGCUGCGCCCUGUCCUGGUUUUUCCUGGGCCACUUCCUGUGGUUGUCCCUGAUGCAGCUGAGGCACUACCUCUUCAUCGGGACCCUCAACGCCACGCUCAACCGGCUGGCCAACAACGACCAAAACCUGGUGAGUCGGUACACCAACGUGUUUGCAGUGACCCAGCUGUUCGGGGUUCUCUGUGCUCCCUGGAACGGACUCAUCCUGGACAGACAUAAAGGAAAACCUCGAGUCGACGGAGAAACCGAACAGGAGGCAGACCUGCGCUCCUCCUACCUGUCUCUGUUCCUGACCUCCUUGCAGUGCCUCCUCUUCUCUGUGUGCGCCUCCAUCCCUCUCCUCCCUCUGCAGUACCUCACCUUCAGCCUGCAGGUCCUCAAUCGCUCCUUCCUCUACGGGGGCAACGCAGCCUUCAUUAGCAUCGCUUUUCCAGCCGGUCACUUUGGGAAGCUGUACGGCCUGGUGAUGUCUCUGUCUGCGGUCAUUUCCCUGCUGCAGUACCCCUGCUUCGCCCUGGUCAAAGGCCCUCUGCAGGGAGAUCCCUUCUACGUGGACGUCACUCUCACUCUCCUCACCCUCUUGGUCUUCAUCCAUCCUCUUUACGUCUUCAUCCACUGCAGGAGAAAAGCCCAAAGCAGGAAGAACACCUCUCGGGCCGAAGUCUCCACAGACUCCAGAUUAUCUGAGGCCAAACUGUAG